AAGUGAUCUUUCGAACUCAGACAGCUUGCUACCCAACUCCUUCUUUCGCCAAUACCAGUACUAGUGACCUCGCCAUGCCGAAACACUACUGUGACUAUUGUGAUGUUUUUCUCACUCAUGACUCUGCUUCAGUGCGCAAAGCUCACAACAGCGGAAGAAAUCACCUGGCAAACGUCAGAGACUACUAUGCAUCACUUGGCCAUGACAAAGCACAGAGCAUCAUCGAUCAGAUCACUGCGGCGUACGAGAGUGGAGGCGGCCCUCCUCCAGGAGGGUUCGGGUUUGGUCCUCACCACUUAGGUGCACCCCCACCACAAUUUCCAGGCCCUCCCAUGGGCUUCGGUGGUCCACCCGGAGCAUUUCCACCUCGCCCACCUUUCCCUCCCGGACCCUUCCCGCCUCCAGGCAUGAUGGGACCUCCACCCGGUGCUGUACCACCUUUCCCUCCUAGUGAUGGUAUGCCACCUCCUGCAGCAAUGGGCCCUCCUGGCGGCUUCCCAGGCGGUCCUCCUCCAUUCCCUCCGAAUGGCCCUAAUGGUGGGGGACCAGGUGGCAGCAUGCCGCCCUUCCCCCCACAUGGUAACUUUGGGCCACCGAGUAACAGCCCACCCCCACCCAACCAAAAUGAUCCUAAUGCGGGACCAGGCGGUAUGCACCCUGACAGACUGAGAAUGAUGGCUAGCAGGUAAUUGUUGUUCAUCGUCAAUUCGGUGUCAACUCUGUGUUUUUGUGUGUCGAUCUACUAGUUCUAUACCUUGAUCGACCUGAUCAUGGAACUGAAAGUUCUGUUGCACGUUUUUGACACUGAAUAUUUGAGACCACAUGUAUCUUACCCUUGUGCUCUUUGCUAUCUGCCUUCUGGUGAACAUGAUCGUACGCCUCGACUUUUCCCCCUGCGUUGUGGCAGAGGUUUGAUAUCUAUAGCACUCUGAAAAGAACUUCUGUAGCAAGG